AAGUACUUUGUCUUUCCGUGUUCGCUUGACGCUUCUAACCCCAUUAGCGGUGGGAAUUUGCGGAAGAUUCAGUAACAAUCAAAUAAAUAAAGGAUUACUUCUCACCUUUCUAACGGUGUAAGCCUGUAACACUGUCCACAAUGUCCAGGCAAUCCAACCGAGCGACAGACAGCAAGAAAAUGAACUCAGAGUUGUUCACUUUGACAUAUGGGGCCUUAGUCACACAACUUUGUAAAGACUAUGAGAAUGAUGAGGAAGUCAACAAGCAGUUAGAUAAAAUGGGUUAUAACAUUGGAGUCCGCUUGAUUGAGGACUUUCUGGCCCGCUCCAGUAUUGGCAGGUGUCAGGAUUUCCGAGAAACGGCUGAUGUAAUCGCUAAGGUUGCUUUUAAAAUGUACCUGGGGAUAACUCCAAGUGUGACUAAUUGGAGCCCAGCAGGAGAUGAGUUCUCUCUAAUUCUCGAGAACAACCCUCUGGUGGACUUUGUGGAGCUGCCGGACAACCACAGCACCCUCAUCUACUCCAACCUGCUCUGUGGCAUCCUCCGAGGAGCUCUAGAGAUGGUCCAGAUGGCUGUAGAUGUCAGGUUUGCCCAGGACACUCUGAGAGGGGACAAUGUGACAGAAAUCCGUAUGAGGUUCAUUAAAAGGAUCGAGGAGAACCUUCCAGCAGGAGACGAGUGAGGAGUCCUACUAAACUAACACAUCUUUUGUACAAUGAAGAAGAUUUUCAACCUUGUAUCGAGACUGGUCAAACACUGAGGAUGAAUGAACAUAAUCAACUUACAGCAGUUGUAAAGAUGAAGAUCACGACCAUGAUUAACUACAAUGUGUUUCCCUCCAUUUGUGUGGUAAAACGUCUUGUUGUUUGUUGUUUUAAAGGUGCACUAUGUAACUUUUCC